UCGCUGGAAUUUGGACGCCGGCUUUAUAAUUUAGAAAUCGGAAACGUAUUAGACAAAUGACAGUACGUAAUACAGCGACAUUUUUUAUUUCUUGUUUUCGAUUUGAUUGAACAAAUAUAGAAAAGUGAGACUCUUGUUAACUUUUACAACAGCUUAUUUACCGUGCAGGUCCAGCCCAAAAAGAAUUUUAUAUAGAACCGGCGUCGCGUAAGUUGCUUCAACAUGAGCUGCCCUUUCGACGAAGAACAAUUGACCCAAUUAAAGACAUUUGUUGAGCUUUGCAAAAAUCAACCCCUGAUACUCCAACAUCCCAAAUUAUCUUUCUUUAAAGAUUAUUUGGUGUCUUUAGGUGUUUCAUUACCCACGGCUACAUUUGGUACGAAAACAUUUGCGCCUGCAGGAGAUGGUAACUCACAAAGCAAUGUUGAAGAUACUGCAAAGGAGCCAUCUUCUGAAUCUGAAGAUGAGCCAGAGUCUGAUGUGGAGCUUGAUAUGGAAGGUGUAAUUGAAGGUGACCCAUCUGAGGCUACUCAAGAAAUGGGUGAUGAAAUGAAAGAGCCAACUGAUGAAGAGAGAGACCAGUCUGAUGAGAAGCGGUCUGAGGCAAUGAGAGCUUUCUCUGAACAGAAUUAUGAAGAAGCCAUAGAGUCUUACACUGAGGCAAUAAAACUUAAUCCCCUGAGUGCACUACUCUUUGCAAAGAGAGGUCAAGUUUUUCUUAAACUGAACAAGCUCUAUGCCUGUAUCAAGGAUUGCACUCAUGCAUUAAAACUUAACUGUGACAGUGCUGCCGCUUAUAAGUUCCGCGGACGUGCUUACAGGCUUUUAGGUAAGUUCGAGGAAUCCUCUCAUGACCUCUGUGAAUCUCUGAAGAUCGAUUAUGACGACCAAACAAAUGAAUGGUUAAAUGAAGUGAAACCAAAUGCCGAGAAACUUCGUCAACACAACCUUAGUGUUCAGCGCAAGAAGGAAGAAAAAGAGCGCCGGGACAAAAUCCGUCGUGCUCGCAAGGCGCAAGAGGCUCGCGCUAAAGCAGCUCGUGAACAAGAAGCGAAUGCCAACGCCACAGGCAUGCCAGGAAUGGGUGGAAUGCCAGGAAUGGGCGGCAUGCCAGGAAUGGGUGGAAUGCCAGGGAUGGGCGGCAUGCCAGGAAUGGGUGGUGGGAUGUUUGAUAGCGAGAACCUAGUGAAGCUUCUGAGUGAUCCAGAAAUCAUGGCUGCAUUACAGGACCCAGAGGUGACCAAAGCUUUCUACGAUGUAUCUUCAAACCCAGCCAACUUUGCCAAAUAUCAGAACAACCCAAGAGUGGCAUCUGUUUUGGAAAUGCUGCAAAAGAAGUUUGGUGACCAAUGUGGUCCUAACUUGGGUGGAGCAAACCCAGGCGCAGGACCCGAAGGACCGAAACCUUUCGACGAUGACGUAGGCCUGGACUAAGUCUUGAAACUGACGCCUGAACCAAGACAGAUUUAAUUCCUUGUUCAAUGUAAUAUUUUCAAAGUACACAUUUCUUUCAUAUUUUUUUUAUCUGAUGAUUAUUAAGUUAGAUCUGGUAUCUAGUUAUAUAUUCUACUGAUUGUCGCCAGAAAACUUGUACUAAGUAGUUUCGUGUCCAAUAUGUUAUAAUUUAAUUUAUAAACAUCAUAAGGAGGAUUUCUUUUUUUAUUAUUUGCAAAUUCAAUGAUUCUCUGUUGGUUUUUGCUAGUCACAUCUUAAACAGAACAAAUAAUAUUUUCACAGGGCAUAUAACUAUCUCUAUAUGUGUUACGAAAUUUACAUUGCCAAUAUGUAUCUAAUUCAGACAUGAAUUAAAGCCAUUAAUGAUGGCCAUCACUCAUUCAAAUUUAUAUGACUGUAUUGUAAGAAGUUGCAUUUAAAUAUUUAAUGCUUUAAAAAUUUAGUCACUUAUCCUAAGGUGAUGGGUAGCAAUCCAAUAGCACCCAAAUACUAUUAAGUGAUAAAGUUAGAAUGUUAUUCAAGUCCAUCUUAAUAUAGUAUAUGUAUUAUAAUAUACAUAAAAUAGUAAUCUUUUUCAAAGUGAUUUCAUCAUCAUGAAAAUGCUUCAUUAGUAAUUAUAUAUUGUUAGAUAUAUCUAAAGUCUGAUUGUGCUUUUAAAUCUUUUGUUUGAUAAUAAAUAUUUUCAAUAA